AUAUCACCAGUAACCGAGCCUAAACUCAAGCCAAGCUCUCGCCUAAUCAAUAGGUCUGCUACGCCAUCUCCUUCCGAGCCCCCUAGGACUAGCCGUUUGGAGAACAAUAUCGGCUCGGAUGGAUUUGAUAGUUUCAAGCCAUACUACGAAUGCGAUCUAGCUAGCACUGUUACUAUUUGCGUUCUGUGCUCUGGUAGCCAUGCCGCAUGGGCAAUCUGUCGAUACCCAAGUAAGGACGCGGACAGAAUCCUGGAGAUUCUCCGUUCUAUAUCCUAUAAGAAUGUGGUUUUCGUUUUAGAGUGCUUUCGCACUUCUGAUUCCCUAUAUACUUUAAGCAAGUUUGAUCCUCUCACGCUAGAUCACGUUGUCGCCUGUAAAGCCUUCCCAGACCAGGUGGAGCUAGCUACGAUUAUAUCCCAGUUUCUUGAUGGGCUAUCGUAUCUAGCUACCCAAAAUUUCUAUCACCCCUCUUUAGAUUGUUCUAGCGUUCUGAUGAGCCUCGAGGGGGAGGUGAAGAUUAGUAGACUUCAUAAAAUUGAUUUAGCUCCUAUGUCCAAGGUUAUGAUGGAAUUAAUGCAAAAAUAUGCUAAAGAUGAUAGGGCAGUCAGGAUUGACAAUCUUGACCGCUGCUUAUUUGAGGAACUGAAAAAACAGCGCUUUUUAAUAGAAACCCGGUGGUGCCCAGGCGAUCUAAUCGGCCUUGUAUGGUUUGCACUGAUAUCUUCCUGUAUAUUCUACUUAUACACGCCGAGAUCGGAAAAGAACGAUUAG